UACAAUUCAAAUACUAUACGUGUUUACAAUCAUAUGUUAUUUGAUUGAGGCGAAGAUAUCAUUUGGACAUGGAUAGCAAGGAUAGAACGUUUGAAUUCGGUGUCACGAUUAAGGCAUUACAGUCCCGUAUAAUUAAUGGAUUUGAUAACUCAAAGCCGCACUCAAAUUCCCUUGGCAAGCAAGCUAAUAUGUUUGGGCGUAUUGCUAAAGUUAUUGGAAAAGAUUUGACAAAUACCUACUCAAAAUUAGAAAAAUUGACAUUGCUUGCAUCUAACAAAUCUCUUUUUGAUGAUAAGUCCCAAGAAAUUCAGGAACUAUCUUCUAUUAUCAAACAAGAUAUUUCUUCUAUGAAUUCUCAACUAAUUGAAUUGCAAAAAUUUUUAAAGCAACAAAAAGCCCAUCAAACAAGAAUCAAUAAACAUGUAGAAAAGCAUUCCAAUUCCAUAUUGUAUACCCUUCAAAGUAAACUAGCUUCUAUUUCAAAUGACUUCAAAAAUAUAUUGGAGAUGCGUUCUGAGAACCUAAAACAACAAAAAACACGUCAAAGUAAGAUAGUCGAAUGUGAUACAAAUACUAAAAAAUUUGCUCACAGUCUCCACCGAGACUAUGGAGAAGGAUCGAAUAUGGUCCCUACAUCUUCCACUGCUCCUUUCAUGCGAUUUCGUAAGUAUGAAAAAGCUCUCGCUACGAAUUACGACCCCACCGUUUUCCGCACCGCUACCGCCGUUAUCCCUAUGCCUUUGCAAGCCCAGGCCCAAUCCACGAUGAGAGACCAAACAGACUCAUUGCUCGAGAGCCGGGCUGGAGCCGUGCAGACCAUCGAAUCAACCAUAGUCGAACUCGGCACCAUAUUCACACAGUUAGCUAACAUGGUCAAAGAACAGGACGAGAUUAUUCAGAGGAUAGAUGCCAACGUCGAGGAAACCCAUUUUUCGAUAGAGGCGGCUCAUAGCGAAAUACUAAGAUAUUUUCACAGCCUUUCGUCCAAUCGUUGGCUCAUGAUAAAAAUUUUCGCGAUUCUCGUUAUUUUUGUCGUUUUAUUCGUCAUUUUCUUCGCUUAAAAAAACACCUCAACACAUUUCCAAUUUUGAGGCGCUGGAAAGAUAUUUAUAAUCAAAAUAUACCCCUCCCUACAUUCUUAUUGAAUUAUUUUAUUGUAAUUAUUUAUUUAUAUUUAUUAACUACCUAUAUAUGUACACAUUUUUAUUCCAUUGUUUGUUAAUUGUUGACAUUGGGUUAUCUCAAAUAAAAGUUAAUUUUUAAAUA